AUGCCGCCUGAGCAGCAGCAACAACAAAACCACGAGCCCACAGACGGGCACCACGAGCCCACACCCACCCCCGCGCCCGCGCCCGCGCCCACAUCCACAACCUCGCGCUCCCCCUCGCCCGCCGCGCCGCCCCCGCUGCCCACGGCGCCAGGCCCGCGCGCAACAGCGCUGCAAGCCGUCUUCGGCAACGCGCUGGACGCGACGCUGAAGCGCGUGUCGCACGCCAACUUUGCGGCGUGCUUCCCGACGCCCGCGCGCUACGUGCCCGAGAACCUGGAUGCGUUCUGGCGGGAUUUUGUCGGCAAGUUGGGGGGCGCUGCGCGGACAAACUUCGACCAGAUCCUCAAAGAGCGCAACGUCGUGCCCGCCCUCAACGAGCUCGACGCCCUCGUCGCCGCGGCCAAGAAGCGCAAAGAGCAGGCCACGGCAGCAGCAGCAGCAGCAUCCGCAUCCACAAGCACAGGCGGGCCCGUCUCACCACCAACGCCCACGCCACCACACACGCUCCCGCCCCCCACCCUCCUCCAAGCGCACCUGCUCCCCUUCCUCUCCUCGCACACGGACCGCCUCGACGCCCAGCUCGCGACGCUGCACGCCGAGAACAAGGCGCUGGUGAGCGAUAUCGCGGCGCAGCGGGCCGAGAUGGACGCGCUGCUGCGCGGGCUCGAGGCCGUGGUGGGCGAUCUCGAGGGCGGGGUGGAGAUGCUGGCGCGGGAGGAGGUGCAGGCGCUGACGGGCGAGGUGCUGGCCAUUGAUGGGGAGUUGGGUGCGUGAGUGAGGGCGUGUGUUUGAAGGUCGACUUUGCUUUGUUUUUUCUAUUAGCGGUUUGGGGGGCUGAGGUGCUUUGCGCGCGUCUGUGACAUGUACGCGUGGAUGCUUGGCAAUCCAUCAUCGCUAGGUUUCGUAGACGUGGUGGUCGCGCGGAGUGAAGGCAGGCAGACAGAGAGACAGACAGACAUACAGGCCGGCAUUGAUCAAGCCGUCGCCUAUCCAAAAUCAUAUAUACCCAU